GGCUGCUGUGGCGACGCGUCGACGGCGUCUGGCGCGUACAGCUCGUGUGAAUGGCCAGUGAGCUACUGCAACGCUGUGUAUCGUUGCGCGUGGUGCGUCAAAUCGGUUCAGACUUGGUGAUACACUCCUCCGCUAUCGUAAGACGUUAUAUCGCCAGCGGAAUGCAGCGUUUGCUGUGUACUCGCGUAUUACGAGGCGCUUAAAGCAGAUUUCAUCGCUGCGUGCGGGGUUGCACACACGACACUCGACGGCAACGCGCUUGUGCGUCGCCACAAAGAGCCCAUAGCUCGGCCCAGCUCAAGCAUAGCUACCUAAGCAACUACUCCAGCGGCCCGUAGCACAAAAUUGCACUGAAAGCCAUGCGUCGCGUGGUAUUAGCCCUCAUUGCCCUCGUGGGGUAUGCGGAGGCCUUCGUCGCGCCGCAGCCGACGUCGGCGCCGCUCACCGUCGUCGCGGGCCGCAACGACAAGCGCACGAAGAAGGGCAAGGUCUACGCCGGCAGCAACGGCAAGAGCCGGCCGCGCAAGCCCGGCGGCGAGAAGGGCCCCGUCGACCCGUACCGCGGCCGCGUCCCCUUCCACCUUCAUUUGCCUUACUUCGACCGAUUGGCGCAACGGUAGCGCGUCAGAUUCCAGUCCUGAAGGUUACGUGUUCGAAUCACGUAUCGGUCACUAAAUGUGAGAUGGUUGGGGAAGGCUUGACGGUACUUACACAGGUACCUGACGCUCCGCGAGUGGGGCGCGCGCCAGGACCCGGCCAUGUCCGUCGAGGAGGUCGUGGCCGCCAAGAUGGCGGACAAGCGGAAGGUCGAGAUCACCCUCGAGGACAUCAUGGACGCGGUGACGCCGUUCUAGGAAGUCCCUCUGUGCUUAAUA